CGCCCCCGCCGCCAUCUUGGUCUAGGAGGGAGCGGGCCGCACGCGUGAGUAAACAGCCGGAGCCGGGAAAGUCGAGGUCGGGCAGCGUCCGGGUGCUGCAGGGCAGCGGCAGAGAGGACGCAGGCCUGUCUUCGUACUUGGGGCGGGGGCCGACAUGACGGCCCCGGGCCGCAGCCCCUUCGUGCCGCUGUUGGAGACUUUGGAAGACUCUUCCGCCUCCCAUGGAGAGCAGACCGACGCUUACCUGACUCUGACCAGUCGUAUGACUGGAGAAGAUGGAAAAGAAAUCAUUACAGAAAUUGAGAAGAAACUUCCUCAGCUAUUCAGAGUUUUAAAGACUCACAUUGCCAGUCCAAACUCAGAGCUCAGUAGUGCUGCUCUGCAGGCCUUGGGGUUUUGCUUAUAUAAUCCGAAAAUUACCUCUGGAUUAUCAGAGACAAAUAUUCAAGAACUGCUUUCAAAACUGAAUGAUAUUGUUAAGAAUUCAGAUAAAAAUGUACGUACUAGGGCACUUUGGGUGAUAUCCAAACAGACGUUUCCCACUGAAGUUGUUGGCAAAGUAGUAUCUAGUAUAAUUGAUUCAUUAGAAAUAGUCUUUAAUAGAGGAGAGAUGCAUUCUGCUGUUGUGGAUUAUGAAGCAUUAAAUGUCGUCAUAAGGCUAAUUGAACAAGCCCCAAUUCAAAUGGGAGAAGAGUCAAUUAGAUGGGCAAAAUUGGUCAUACCUUUAGUGGUUCAUUCGGCCCAAAAGGUACAUUUGCGGGGAGCUACUGCUCUAGAGAUGGGAAUGCCGUUGUUACUUCAGAAACAACAAGAAAUAGCAUCUAUCACAGAGCAGCUUAUGACUACCAAAUUACUUUCGGAACUCCAGAAGCUAUUUAUGAGUAAAAAUGAGACUUAUGUGUUAAAAUUAUGGCCUUUGUUUGUCAGACUUCUUGGGAAGACCUUGCAUCGAAGUGGGAGUUUCAUCAAUUCUCUAUUACAGCUAGAAGAACUGGGAUUUCGUAGUGGAGCACCCAUGAUUAAAAAAAUAGCUUUUAUUGCUUGGAAGAGUUUAAUAGAUAAUUUUGCUUUAAAUCCAGAAAUACUAUGUAGUGCAAAAAGAUUGAAGUUGUUAAUGCAGCCUUUGAGUUCUAUCCAUGUGAGAACAGAAUCUCUAGCGCUGACAAAACUAGAAGUCUGGUGGUAUUUAUUGACGAGACUAGGACCUCAUCUUCCUGCUAAUUUUGAACAGGUCUGUGUGCCUCUGAUUCAAAGCACAAUAAGCAUUGAUUCUAAUGCUUCACCUCAAGGCAGUUCAUCUCGUGUAGCUACUUCUCCAGCUUUAAAUCCUGCGACCCCUGUACACAAAGGUGCUUCUCCAUAUGGAGCUCCCCGGAUGAACUUGAGUUCAAAUUUUAGUGGAAUGGCCACAAUCCCCUCUAUACAAGUUUUGGGGCUUGAAAUGUUGCUUCAUUUUUUGUUGGGUCCAGAAGUCUUGAGUUUUGCUAAGCAAAACAAACUUACGCUGAGCUUAGAGCGACUUGAACAUCCGUUAAUCACCAGCUCUUCUUUUUUUUCCAAACAUGCAAAUACAUUUAUCACUGCUGUUCAUGAUAGCUUCUUUGCAAUUAGAAAAGAUGCUUCUGAUGCAGUUGUCAAUGCUAUUUGGAAGGAGCUAGUUAGCUUGGUGAAGUCAGUUAUUGAAUCUGGUAACAAAAAAGAGAGACCAGGUUCUGAAGUUUUGACUCUUCUAUUAAAAUCUUUGGAAAGCAUAGUGAAGUCAGAAGUAUUUCCUGUAUUGAAAACACUGGUUCUCAUGGAAAUUACAAUUAAAGGACUUCCUCAGAAAGUAUUAGGUUCUCCAGCAUAUCAGGUUGCUAAUAUGGAUAUUCUUAAUGGAACUCCUGCUUUGUUCUUAAUUCAGUUAAUUUUCAAUAAUAAUCUAUUGGAAUGUGGUGUAGAAGAUGAAAGGUUUUUUCUCAACCUGGAAACACUUGUAGACUGUGUUCUUUCUGGUCCAACUUCACCACUAGCUUUCAGUGACUCUGUCUUAAAUGUUAUUAAUCAAAAUGCAAAGCAGUUGGAAAACAAGGAGCAUCUUUGGAGAAUGUGGAGUAUUAUAGUCACCCCAUUAACUGAAUUGAUAAAUCAGACCAAUGAAGUCAAUCAAGGUGAUGCCUUAGAACAUAAUUUUAGUGCCAUCUAUUGUGCACUGACUUUACCAAUAAACCAUAUUUUUUCAGCACAAAAAAUUCCAGCGGCCACCAUGAAGACCUUACUUAAAACUUGGUCAGAAUUAUAUAGAGCAUUUGCUCGCUGUGCAGCUUUGGUGGCAACUGCAGAGGAGAAUUUGUGCUGUGAGGAACUUUCUUCCAAGAUAAUGUCCAGUUUGGAAGAUGAAGGCCUUUCAAAUUUAUUGUUCUUGGAUAGGAUCACUCAUAUUAUUACUGUAAUGGUUGAUUGCAUCGACUUUUCACCAUAUAAUAUUAAGUAUCAGCCCAAAAUUAAAUCACCACAGAGACCUUCGGAUUGGUCCAAAAAGAAGAAGGAGCCCUUGGGGAAAUUGGCUUCUUUAUUUAAACUUAUUGUGAGAGUGAUCUAUCCUUUCCACACUCUGAGCCUCAAGGAAGUACAUUCUGAUACUCUCCUCGCUAUUGGCAACUCAAUCACCAGCAUUCUUUCCAAUGUACUUGGACAUAUUUCUUUGCCUUCUAUGAUCCGAAAAAUGUUUGCAACUUUAACAAGACCUCUGGCAUUAUUUUACAAAAACUCAAAGUUUGAUGAAGUUCCUAAAGUGUAUAGUUGUAUGAACAACAAGUUAGAAAAGCUACUAGGAGAAAUUAUUGCUUGUCUACACGUCAGCUACACUGGGACUUACGACAGUGAACUUCUUGAACAGAUCUCGCCAUUAUUAUGCAUAGUAUUUUCACACAAGAAUAAACAGAUUAGAAAACAAAGUGCUCAGUUCUGGAAUGCCACAUUUGCUAAAGUGACGAUGUUGAUUUAUCCUGAGGAGUUAAAACCAAUACUAAAACAAGCCAAACAAAAAUCUCUGCUUCUGUUGCCUGGUUUGGAAAAUGUUGAAAUUAUUGAGGAAUCCAGUGGACCAUACUCAGAUACAACAGAAAAUUCACAGUUAAGUACGAAGAUAAGUGGCAUGGAAAGAACCUCAUGUGGAAAAAGAGAUUCUUUUUUGGCACAAACAAAGGAUACAAAAGACAAUAUGAAACCACCAGUUAAAUUGAAACUAGAGUCUUCAACUCCAAAAGCAAAGAGUGAAAUGCCUUUGGAAGAGGAAAAGUCUACUGACUUUGUGUUUAUACCUCCAGAAGGAAAAGAAACAAAGGAAAGAAUACUAACUGAACACCAGAAAGAAGUACUCAAAACGAAGAGGUGUGAUAUUCCUGCCAUGUAUAAUAAUCUGGAUGUUUCACAAGAUACUUUAUUUUCUCAGUAUAGUCAGGAAGAGUCUAUGGAAAUUCCUGCUUUAACGGAAAAAUCCAAGGAAGAUUCCAAGAUGAUAUUUAAGGAGGAACAAAAGGAGAGUGACAUUGUCAUUCCUCAACAUGUCACGGAAAACUGUGGUAUGGAUGAACACCUUGAAAAGUCUUCCCUUUCGAAUAAUGAGUGUGGUUCUAUUGAGGAAACCAAUCCAGAAAUACUGAGCAGUAAUGAUGCCAGAAAAAAGGCUUUAAUUGUAUCAAAGAAGACGCCAACUGAAUGUGCAUCUAGUACAGAAAAUACAUUUGGUGUCAGCAGUAGCUCGGUUUCUAAUGCCACUAUUUCUGGAACUCCUUCCCCACAGCCUACAAGUCGAAGGCAAUCCUUUAUUACUUUGGAGAAGUUUGAUGGCUCAGAAAAUAGACCCUUUAGUCCAUCCCCCUUGAAUAAUAUGUCAUCAGCUGUUAUAGUGAAAAAUAACCAGGAAGGCACAGCUAAAACAGAUAAUCCACCAAAAGCAAAGAAAAGAGAAGUGGCUCUUUCAAAAUCUGACUCUGAAAAAACAGUGCAUGGGAUUAAGAGAUCAGGCCGAAGGUCAAGUAAGCCUGAACCAAUAGGGAAUAAAAAGUCUAAGCCCUUGAUGAGAUCUGAUCAGGAGAAAAGUACUCGGGAAUCUGUUGAUGGCAUGGUAGCCUUAGAAAAUAACCCACCUGGUUUGCUUAAUCAAACAGAAUGUGUAUUAGAUAAUCAGGUUCAUCUCUCUGAGUCUUCAGUGGAGUAUGAGGAUACGAUGCUUAAACCAACAAUAGAAAAUACUAUACUAUUAGAAAACAAUACCGUAGAGGAGAAGACCUUAGAAAUUAAUUUGGAAUCCAAAGAAAACACACCCCCAGCUAUAAUAACAACAGAUCAGACAGUAACUGAGGAUAGUCAUGUUCAGAUAACUCCAAAUCAUAAAACCCUUAGACGAUCUUUAAGGCGACGUUCAGAAACAGCAGAGCCAACCACUGAUAGCCAAGAUAAAGAAAAUAAUCAAAAAAGGGAAAGACGUAAGGAAGAAGAAAAGACUCUGCAGAGGAGUCCAUUGCAUGUAAAAGAUGAUGUUUUACCUAAGCAAAAAUUGAUUUCUGAACAAACUGUACAGGAAAAUUUAAUUGAGAAAGGAAAUAAUUUACAUGAGAAGACUUCUGGGGAAACCAGUGCUAAUGCUGAAAUUGAUGAAAAUAGAAGAAAGCCAGAUCUUGAGACUACUAAAUCUGAGGGAGAUGGUGCCCAGGACAUUGCAGAUAAAUCCUCUGAGAAACCAGUAAGGGGACGAACACGGUAUCAAACAAGAAGAGCAUGCCAGGGUUUACUUUCCAGCAUUGAAAACUCAGAAUCUGAUAGUUCUGAGGCAAAAGAAGAAGGUUCUAAAAAGAAAAGAUCUGGAAAAUGGAAAAACAAAAGCAGUGACAAUGUUGACAUCGAAGAUCAAGAAGAGAAGAUGGUAAAACAGGAAUGUAUGAAGGUUGAAAGUCAGACACAUGAUUAUAAAGGGAAUUCUGAAGUAGACAAAGAUACAAAAUCUCAGAUCUGUAAAAAAGAGGAAAGUAAUAUUGUAACUCUUCAAGAUUCUACAAUAUCUUCAGAAUUAUUACAAGUUUCUGGUGAUGUAUCAAAUACUUAUGAGGGAAAAAGUAAAACUAACAAAUGUGCAGAACAUUCCUUUUCAAAUCCUUCUGUACCAGAAUCAAAUCUAAGGACUAGAAAUGCCAAUAAAAGAUUACAUAAGCGAGAUUCUCUAGAAAAUAGUGUGGGUGAAUCCUCAAAAACAGAAACAUCAGACAUUUCUUUGCUUUCUGAAAAAACUCUUGAAAUACUUGAAUGCCAACACAAGAGAAGUAGGAGGGUGAGGAGAUCUAAAGGUUGUGAUUGCUGUGGAGAAAAAUCACAACCUCAGGAAAAGUCAUUCAUUGGGUUAAAGAGUACAGAGAAUUAUGAUGUAAAAGUCAGCGAAACGAAAAAGACAGAUGUGCAGACACCUGUAACUAUAUCAGAAACUUCUAAAGCUGAUCUGUACUCAGAAGUAAAACUUUCAGAUGAGCAUCAUAGUGUGAAUUUUCAUUUGGAUCUCAAGGAGGAGAAUGAUACUAUUAAUGAUUCAUUAAUUAUAUCUGAAACUGAGUUGAAAGAAAAUACUAUUCAAGACUUUCUUCCUUCUGAAAUGGUAAAUUUUAAAGAAGAAACUUGUGAUAGGGAUUCUGAGGAAGCAAUAUCUCCUGAAAGCCAGGAGCCAUCUAAUAAAAAAUGUAAAACUAUUGACCCAUGUUUAGGUGACUCCAAAGAUAUUUCACUGGAAUGUUUUACUUUGGAGACCAAAGAAGAAAAGCCAGAGGCUAUCCCCCAAAAGGAAUUGAGUAUUAUAGAGAACCUUGCUAAUGUUGAAGCAAAUGCAGAAUUGAAUCCAGGAGAAGUAGAUGCUAUGGAAUUGAAUGCAGAAAAUGAUAAAUCUGAAGCUAGCUUCUCUGAACAAAAGAGUGUCAAAACUGAUAUUUCAGAGGAAGAGGUAACAGAGGAAAACAGUCAAAGAACGGAUGCACCUGAAGAACUGAGUGCUAAUGAAGCAAUAACUGAGGAAUUUAACUCAGGUAUUGGUCAUUCUGAUAAUACCACACCUGUAAAAGUGAGUGCUCAGUUAGAGAUUUCUGAACAAAUAGCAGUUGGGGAACUAGACAGAGGAAGUGAUGAAUCUGAUCCAGGCUCAUCUGGAGAAAUGAAUGCUGAAAUGGAAAAUUGUGAAGAAACAAUGAUUGGUGAGGUGACUGCUGAAACUGACCGUGUGAAUGAAACAGAGGAUGAGGACUUAACUACCAAAGCCUCUAAGCCGAUAGAAGCUGAAACAAAGAGAUUGAAUGUAGAAAUCGAUAGCUUUGUUCCUGACACACUUGAGAUGAGCACUGAAGAAGGAGAGGUUGACUCUAAUAAAACUGAAACAAAUAUUGAACCUAAUAAAUUUGAGGAAACAAAAUUAGAUGACAAUCAGAUGGUAGUGGGAAAUGAUGGAAUUUUACCGGAAGUUCACCAUACUUCAGAAAAAGUGGAGGAGACACCACAACCUCUGACAGCUGAAACAGCUGUUUCUGAACUGGUAUCAGAAGACAAUAAUACGUCUCCUCAAAAAUUAAGGGAUCUUGAUCCUUUACUCAUGUCAGCAAAUGACAGUCCUAGUGGCAUGCAGACACGCUGUGUCUGGUCUCCUUUGGCUUCUCCAUCCACCAGCAUUUUAAAGAGAGGACUAAAAAGACCCCAAGAAGAUGAGAUCUCAUCACCUGUUCACAAGGUUCGCCGUGUCUCCUUUGCAGAUCCUAUAUACCAAGCAGGAUUGGCAGAUGACAUUGAUAGGCGAUGCUCUAUUGUUAGGUGCCAUUCUUCACAUAGUUCUCCCAUAGUAAAAAGUAUUAAAACUUCACCUACUGCGCAAUCUAAGCAUAAUACUACUUCAGCCAAAGGAUUUCUGUCCCCAGGAUCACGUAGCCCUAAAUUUAAGAGCUCAAAGAAGUGUUUAAUUGCAGAAAUGGCUAAGGAAUCUGUGCCAUGUCCAACAGAAAGUGUUUACCCUGCUUUGGUGAACUGUGUAGCACCAGUUGACAUCAUUUUACCUCAGAUUACGUCCAACAUGUGGGCAAGAGGACUGGGACAACUCAUUAGAGCCAAGAAUAUAAAAACAAUUGGUGAUUUGAGUACUCUUACAGCAUCUGAAAUAAAAACUCUUCCUAUCCGUUCUCCAAAGGUGUCUAAUGUAAAAAAGGCUCUCAGAGUAUAUCAUGAGCAGCAGGUGAAGUCUCGUGGACUAGAAGAGAUUCCAGUUUUUGAUAUUUCCGAAAAAACAGUAAAUGAAAUGGAAAAUAAAUCUAUUUCUCCUGAUGAAGAAAGACUUGCCUCAGAUUUAAUUGAUCCUGUUGCUUUAGAGACUCCGUUAUCUAAAAAUCUUGUGACCCAGAUUAGUGCACUUGCUCUUCAACUAGAUUCAGAAGAUCUCCAUAAUUAUUCAGGAAGCCAGCUAUUUGAAAUGCAUGAGAAACUUGGUAGCAUGGCAAACUCUAUAAUUAAAAAUCUGCAGUCACGUUGGAGGUCACCAGCCCAUGAAAAUUCUAUUUAGUGUUUUAAGAGAAAAUUGAAGUUUUUUUUAAAAAAAAUCACUGGAUUUGUUGAUUCAUAAAGUAAGUUCUGAAAUAUAGCACAAUUUCAGACUGAAUGUUUGCAAAGUUGGUAACAUUUCAAACGCUGAAGGGCAAUAUCUUAUUAAGGUCAAUUUUGUAAGUGAGAUCAUCUUUUCCUAUAUAACAUGUUUUCUUGGCUGCUAUGUGUAGUUUUUCCAAAAAUUUAAAUAUCUUACUGAAAUGUGAAAGCAAAAACUAAAUAGCAUACAUUUUAUUUCACUUACUCAUGUGUAUUUUAAUGGAACAUUUUAUGUAAUAUACCUGUUCUAAGUAAGUAAAAAUGAAAAUUUUUAUUUGAACUUUUUGCUGAACUGAUAAGGUAUUUAUACUUGAUUUCCUUUUUUUAAAUUUAUAUUUGUUGUGCCUGAGGUUUAAGAAAUUUGUUCUUGGUAAAACACCCCAAAUGAGAUGCAAGAGAAUCUUUUGAAACGCUUUUCGCAGACAUCAACUUUAUUUGGACAAGAAAAUAUUUAUAUUUCAAGAAAAAUAUCAAAAGUUUCAACUUUUGGGGUUAAAUAUUAAAGCAGAAUUUACUAAAAUUCCAUUCAUUUGCGUUAGCAAAUAUUUGUUCAGCAGCAUUUGCCUGUGAAAAUAUACUCUGAUGAGACAUAUAAUAUUCAUUUAAAAAUGCACGACUAUUUGUACAUUAUGUAUAGAUUAAGUUUUUAAUUUAUAAAUUUCAGUCUUCGUUAAUUGCAUGAAGUUUUUUCUGCAGCUUGUGAAUACCUUUGUUUUGUUUAAUAGAAACAUAAUUUUGUAUAUAUUGAAUACUGAGAUAUCAGUAUGGAUGGUAGAAGUGCUUCAUGGGCUUGCUGCAGAUGUUUGUAGGAUUCUUUCUCUACAAAUAAAACAACAAAUAGUUUUGUACUUAGUUAAUAGUGUUAGUUAAAACAUGAGUUUAUUUUCUAAAGUAACCAGAAAGAGUAAAGUAAUAGAAAUGAGAAAGUGUUACAUGACAACUUUGCCAUUCAUUCCCAUAACCUUCCCCUGCAGCCCCCAUCCCUUUUGGUUUAGAAGAGGGUAUCAGCCACUAGAAAGCGUGCCUCAUUACAUUUCUCUUUAAUGGGGAUUUAGCUUGAGUAUUUUCAUUAUAACUUGGACCAUAAGAAAUCUAGAGUUUAUCUGCUCUUUUUACCUAUACCUAAAGCAAACUUGGGAGAAAUGUGAAACUGUUCUUUCAAAAUAUUUAUGUUUUACCGAGUAAAAAAAGUAAGGUGUAUAUAAUUAAACCAUUUGUAGAUUUUACCAACUGGUAUUAGUGCCUGACUUUCCCAUAUUUGUUUCAUCUUUUUAACAGUGAGAGUAUUUCAUUUGUUUUCGAAAUAGAAUGAGCGAGUGAUCUUCUCAGUUGCAGACUUAUUCAGAACUAACCCUUACUUGAAAAGGCACACAUUCUUCAGCAACUUAUAGAAAGUUUAAUCCUUGUGUCUUGGUUAACUUUACAUUCAGAAGGGGGCUGCCACCCAGUCACAGUAAAAGUUGGUUUUUCUUUAAUAAUAAAUCCAUUAUGAGUACGUUGCAAAUAUUUUAGGGUCUAAGUGUGAUAUUUAUAUGCUGAGGAUGAUUUUAAAAGAAAUUCUGGGACCACUGAACUGAGGAUUGUAGCUUGAAGAAAUAACUAAUGAAAAAUCAGGAAUUUUUUAAAACAGUUAAAAUUGUGGUUUAAGUUGUCUAUCAUUUAUUUCCCAAUUGUAUUUGACAGUAAAGAGGCAUAUAUGUUUUUGUGAACAUGUGUAAGAAGGGAUGUGUAUGUGUGUUGAGAGGAGUCAGAAUUAGCUCAUUUCAUGACUUCGUAUCUUACUAUUUGUGUGAACUAAACUUACUUGCUGGUGGAAUGAAGUUCUUGGGAAGGUGAACAGUAUAGCAGAAAAUGUGACCAAAAUGAUUACCGUUUACUUAAAUCACUGAGUUUGAUGCAAGCACAGAUUUUAAUUUUAAAACAUUGUGGUUUAAUAAGGAUAUAUUUUAAAAUAUUUGAGGGCAAAAACCAGUUUGCUAAGUCUUCAUUGUUGAUAUAGUUACAAGUGUGUAUGUGAAGCACCUUAUUUUCAAUUUUCUUGCCUUAAAAUUUUCUGCAAAUUUUUUUCCUGAGUGAUUCCAGAAGAGCUGAAAGCAUUAAUAUUCCUUGAUCAGCUCCAGUGUGUGUUGUUUCACUAUUAAAGUGAAAUCAGUUUUUUUCAAAUAAUUCCUAAUGGUUAAUAAAACAUGGCAAACAUUACUAAGAACACUCAAAUGUGAUUUCUCAUUUUAUGCAUUUAUAAAGAAUCUAGUUGAAUGCAGAGCCAUAGUAUAAUUUUCCAUGUUCCAAAAUGGAUUUCAUAGUGGAUUUAAAUUUCCAUUAUUUCAGUGAGCCCAUUAUUAAAGAUGCUCUGCUAUUUGAACAAGUUUGAAAGCCAUUGUUGAAUAGUGGAGAGCUUUUGCUCAAGUAAUAAUUGCAGUAGGAUAAUACAGUCAAAACUAAGAUUGAAAUGUGAACUUUAAAAGUAUGGUAACCCUGACAUUGCCCAUGAUUCAUUCUUUCUGUGCAGCUUGGUGUAGUAGUCAGGGAUUCUGUUAUAUAUUUAAGAAUCAUAAAAAUGUCAAGAAAGUUGGGUUAUAUCUUGCCUUAAAUAAAGGUGGCAGGACAAGAAACAAAAGUUUGGAAAAAUGGGAGGAGUAUGUGGAAAACACAAGUAGAGUUUUGUUUUUAAAGGAAUGAGUAAAAAUAAGUGCUGUUUCAAAGGCAGGCUUAGUUGAAAUUUACCAAAAAUACGAGUUACGGUGUCACAUUUUUCUCUUAAUGCCAUUCCUUCCAACUUUGACUUUAUAAUCCACUAAGAAAAGCCUAGAUUCCAUCUCAUAUUCUUUAUAAUUGAUUUGCAGGGAGAUAAUUUGUGAGCUAGGCUUGGAGGCCAUAAAAUAGCAGUUGUUAAUAAUUAUUAGGCUAAUAAGACUUGAGUCAAGGGAGUUAUCUGCUUGCUCAUUAGUUCAGCACAUGUCCAUUUUAUCCCUAAGCCAUUAGAAAGGUCUUGUAUGUUGUAUACAAGCAUUAGAGUGAAGUUCUGACUCUUAACAUAGUACUUCUCAAACUUGCAUGUAUUUGUAAAAAUGCAGAUUCUGAUUCACUAGGUCUGUGAUGGGGGCCUAAUAGUUCAUUUCUGACAGUUCCCAUGUGAUCCAUACAAAUGCUGAUGUGGACUGCAUUUGUGGUUGUCGGCAUAAGAGGCUUCAAGAUCUAAAUUAAAUUAGGUUUUGGUAUCCCAAGCAGAUUUAAGUCCUUAGAAUUAUUGCCACAAAAGAUAAAAGCUAGUCGUUUUU